GCAUGAGUAGCGAUGGCCGGCUGCAGCCCUGAGGAGAAAACUUACCGGCGCUUCCUGGAGCUAUUCCUGGGCGAGUUUCGCGGACCGUGCGGCGGCGGCGAGCCUGAACCGGAACCCGAACCCGAGUUGGAGCCCGAGCCCGAACUGGUAGUGGCUGAAGCGGCCGAGGCUUCGGUCGAGGACCCCGGGGAGGAGGCGGCCGCCGUAGCCGCGACGGAGGAGGGGGAGCAAGAGCACCAGCAAGACCCCGAGCCCGAAGAGGAGGCGGUGGAGGAAGAGGCGGCGGCGGCAGCAGAGGGCGAGGAGGAGGAGGCGGCGGCAGCCCGGGGGCAGUCGGCCGUGCCACCGCCGCCGCCGCAGCCCCAGCUGCCGCCUCUGCCCCCGCUCCCGCGGCCGCUGUCGGAGCGCAUCACCCGUGAGGAGGUGGAGGGCGAGAGCCUGGACCUGUGCCUGCAGCAGCUCUACAAAUAUAAUUGCCCUUCCUUUUUGGCUGCUGCUUUAGCCAGAGCCACAUCAGACGAAGUCCUUCAGAGUGAUCUUUCUGCACAUUAUAUCCCAAAGGAAACAGAUGGCACAGAAGGAACUGUGGAGAUUGAGACAAUGAAAUUGGCGCGUUCUGUCUUCAGCAAACUACAUGAGAUUUGCUGCAGCUGGGUGAAAGACUUCCCUCUCCGCAGGAGACCCCAGCUUUAUUAUGAAACAUCAAUCCAUGCCAUCAAAAACAUGCGCAGGAAAAUGGAAGACAAACAUGUCUGCAUUCCUGACUUUAAUAUGCUCUUCAAUUUAGAGGACCAGGAAGAACAGGCUUACUUUGCAGUGUUUGAUGGCCAUGGAGGAGUGGAUGCUGCCAUUUAUGCCUCCAUUCACCUGCAUGUUAAUUUAGUGCGCCAGGAAAUGUUCCCCCAUGAUCCUGCUGAGGCCCUGUGCCGGGCCUUCCGGGUUACUGAUGAGCGGUUUGUGCAGAAAGCAGCCAGGGAGAGCUUAAGAUGUGGGACCACAGGAGUGGUGACUUUUAUCAGAGGUAACAUGCUCCAUGUGGCCUGGGUUGGGGAUUCCCAGGUUAUGCUUGUGAGAAAAGGCCAAGCUGUUGAACUAAUGAAGCCACACAAACCGGACAGGGAGGAUGAAAAGCAGCGAAUUGAGGCUCUUGGAGGUUGUGUAGUCUGGUUUGGUGCCUGGAGGGUGAAUGGAAGUCUGUCGGUCUCCAGAGCUAUUGGAGAUGCUGAACAUAAGCCAUAUAUCUGUGGGGAUGCAGAUUCUGCCUCUACUGUUUUGGAUGGAACUGAAGACUACCUCAUUCUGGCCUGUGAUGGCUUCUAUGACACCGUGAACCCUGAUGAGGCAGUGAAAGUUGUGUCUGACCACCUGAAGGAGAAUAAUGGAGACAGUAGCAUGGUUGCCCACAAAUUAGUUGCAUCAGCUCGUGAUGCUGGGUCAAGUGAUAACAUCACUGUUAUUGUGGUAUUCCUGAGGGACAUGAACAAAGCUGUAAAUGUUAGUGAGGAAUCAGAUUGGACAGAGAACUCUUUUCAAGGAGGGCAAGAAGAUGGUGGGGAUGAUAAGGAGAAUCAUGGAGAGUGCAAACGCCCUUGGCCUCAGCACCAGUGCUCAGCACCAGCCGAUCUAGGCUAUGAUGGGCGUGUGGAUUCAUUCACUGAUAGAACUAGCCUGAGCCCAGGGUCCCAAAUCAACGUGCUGGAAGACCCAGGCUACCUAGAUCUCACACAAAUAGAAGCAAACAAACCUCACAGUGCCCAGUUUUUGCCACCAAUUGAGAUGUUUGGUUCUGGUGCACCAAAGAAGGCAAAUCUUACUAAUGAGCUAAUAAUGGAGAAAAAAUCAGUUCAAUCAUCACUGCCUGAACAAAGUGGUGCUGGAGAGUUUCCCUCUUUUAAUUUGGGUUCAACAGGGCAGCAGAUAUACAGAAUGGAGAGCUUAUCUCCUGUCUGUCCUAGGUUGGAAAAUGAACAGUUCAAAUUCCUGGGAAAGAGAGUUUCCAGAUUGUCUCAUUUACGCUAUCAUUAUUCAAAGAGAUGGUAUGGAUUCAGGUUUAAUACAAAGUUGUAUUCAUUUAUGUCUACUCAAGAGCCUUCCCACAAAAUAGGCACUGGUCUGUCCUCACUUAUUCGAAGUGGGAAGAGAAAUAGGAUGUUAAGAAGUUUUCUGCCAUGGAGGCAAAAUAUUUGGAAAGGAUACAGUGCCAACAUGAUGAGGAAGCUCAGAAAGAGUAAUGAUAUUCCAGACCCAGGUCUUCCUUGGAGCUAUAAAAUAUAAUACUUUCUCUCUUUAAAGUAGGCUAGCUAGCUCUCCCCCAAUAAAAACACCACUAUCAGAGUAGAAACAAGGUAGACAUUUCUGAAAUAUAUGUGCUUCAUUAUGAAACCAUGGAUGGCUCAAUUCUUAAAUGUAAAUAGAUCUCUAGAAAACCCAAAAGUGUUUUCAAUCUAAAAAAAAAAAAAGUAUUGGCGGUUUCACUAGCAAAAUUAUACAACUGGUCCCUGUGAUGUGUCUCCACACCUACAUACAAUCCCCACUUUACUACCCUUCACAUCACUAGUGGAAGCUUGUGAGUUAUUUUAGUCAGGAUAUCUAAUGUUGAAAUCUGAACGCAGGUGAUAUCUGGUUUGAUGUGCCUAAUAUAUCUAUGGGAAACCUAAUGCAGAAUUAGAUUUAACUGGGGGAUGUUCCUUAAGACUGGGGACUGUGAGGGAACCCCUCCCCUCUUUUUUUUGGUUGGUAAAAGACUAAAAGCCAUAUGGGUUUUAAUUGGUUACAGUGAAAGCAGAAAACUAGUAUAAAAGUGUCAUAUUUUCAGACUUGUGAGGUGGUAUACAGUCAAAAAGAUAUACUGAUUUUUUUUCCUGUAACAUAAAAGAUUAUGAAAAUUUUCUGAAUUAAAAAGUAUUUCCUAGGGCUGUGUAGCUAUUUGGGAGUUUCAUAACCUGUUAUGGUGCUUUUGGCAGAAUUUUUAUUAUUUGUCAUUUUAGACUGCUGUCAACUGGUUUUAACCUAUGAUGCUAAUAUGUUUUUCACUGUACCUUCAUCUCAGGAAUAAAACUGAUUUAAUGGAGAUGAUGUUAGGUACAAAUAUACUAGAAUCAAGUUACCAUUUAAAAAAGAAAAACAGUAUUUCUAUUUUUUCUGCCUUUUUUUAAGUUCACAGACAGCAAAAGCAUACACUACUACAAAAAUAAAAACUGGUUUUGGUGAAUGAAAAAUACUGGUUUUAACUUCUCUAAAAUUGUUUUCCCCAAGGGAAUGAAAUAAUUGGUAUGAAAGAGGUUGAAAGCACUGCCCAAAGUCAGCCCAGAGAGGCCAAGUGCAAAGGAGAAGGCAGAGAACGGAGACUGAGGUCUAUCUAGUUACGAAUGGAGAAUGCUCCAGAGUCCUGCUACAUGCAACUUCAGACUGCAGAGAGGACGUCUUUCUCAUUUCAGUAUAGUUACUUAUAUUUGAUAAUUUGUCUGUUUUGCCAUUUCUGUAGUUUCAAGCUAGAAGCAUAUCUUUAAAGACAGCAAAUAAACUAAUAAGCAGAUUCAUUCUGUGAAGCUGCCUCUGAUUCUCUUGAGAAUCAUGAAUAAUACCACAUGACCUUUUACCUUCCCCUAGUCAACCGUGGACCAGCCAUACCAUGGACAGGAGCUGCCCACUCACAUAUAACACUGGGAGGCACCAAAUGUUCUUGCUGAAAAAUGUCCACUGCCUGUGUUUUUUAUAGAAUAAUACUGUUACUUUAUGUUCCCCAGACCCAUAAUGGAGGACUCAGAUUCCUAGAUUUUAAAAACAAAGGACUGCAGCGUAUUUUGGAUGCCAGUAUAGCUAUAUCAAAUACAUAAAAACUUCAGCAAUGAUCAGAUUGUUAAUCUAUACAUUUUAUUUUUAAGAAUUUAUAAGAUUUUCAG